AUGUUAGUGGUUGGCGCAUGCAUGAUAUGUUAUCAGUGGGAAGAAUCGGAAUUGGUAUGUCAAGUCGAGGAGACUCAGAGUGGGAGACAGACAAGUCGUAACGAGGUUCUUAUUUCAAAUACAAUGGAACCUACCAUAGCCCUUUGCAAUUGCCGACAGUACCGUAAGUCAGUUGUCGGCCAGCCACCAAGCAGACGUUCACAGGCUAUUCUUUUAUAUGCUUCGGAGGUUGUUGGCUCACGUUUUCAAACUUAUAUUUUGAUUUUUCCAAUGUCGUGGUUUAUUGUUCUUGUUGAGCUUUUGGUUCCGUAUCGAGAAGGGUCGCGAACAGUUGGUUUGUCAGCAUUCAGACCCUAUAUUUUUGGAAGUAUUCCAAAUAUAGCGGGUGAUGAUAAUGAAGGAGCGAAAACGGAAAGUAUGUUCAGUUUAGUCGUCCCACCUGCAACGCAGGUCGUGUCACCGUUACAAGCACCUUUAUCAGUAAUAGUUUACCUUGACUCUUUUGCGUUCACCAUCUCUAUUUAUCAAUUGUUUCUUGAUUUUCUAGUAAUUCUGUGUGAUUCCUAUACGGUAAUACAUCCUAGAAUGGAGUGGCAGAAAAUAAUUUCCGAUAGAGAACGACAAUUCCUACUUCGUGAACGUCGUCGCAUGGGCUCUUAUAAAACGUCACUAUGUGAUUCAUUCCGAAAUAAUGGCGAGUGUCAUUAUGGCCAACAGUGUCGUUUUGCGCAUGGUUACGCUGAGUUGCGACCUACGCCGAGGCCGCACCCGAAAUAUAAGACUCAGUUGUGCAACAAAUUUGCUUUAUACGGUUCUUGUCCUUAUGGGUUCCGUUGCCAGUUCAUUCACAUGCGUUCAUCUGAAGUAGGAUGUGAGCAGUUGGGACUCGUGAACUUCGCAGCAAGUCUGGAUGGACAUUCCUAUUACUCUCAGUAUUUUGCUAGCCGAAGAAGGGUGGAAUCAAGACGUCUUCGUAGAGAUGUAGAAGUCUUGGAAUCAGAAGCCAGUAUUGGAGACAUUCCGAAGAAAUUAUGGGAUAGUGUUGGUAUUACUGAGGAAAGCAAUAUUGUACGACAUCCUAUCCUUGGUACCGACAAUGCUUCGCAGCAAUCUUCCGAGUUUGCUUUGCGCUGCAAUUAUUGUGCUUCUGAGAGACUAGAACAUGCUUCGAGUAGUAAUUUGAAGGAUCUGGAAGAUGGACCUGGCUCAUCUCAAGUUGGGAAUAAUGUCAGCGUUCUAGAUCAUAUGUUAAGCACUCUAACUGUGACGGAAACAAGCACUCCGUUCACGCAGUCGUGUUUUCCACGCAUAAAUGUGGAAAGCCGUAGUACGGGGUCUCUUGUCAUGAGAGGCAAUAUUUGUUAA